GCCCCAAGUCCGGACACUCCCAAGCAACCGUUGCAAUCCACGAGCUCUCCCUAUAGACUUCGCCCGGGCCGCCGGAACCCAGGUACUCUGUGAGCACCUCGUAUUCCGAGUGUGCAUGGCUGCAGUCUCUGCACAUUCAAAUACAGCACCCCUACGCCCUUCUCACUCGGAGCUCGCCCGGUCUUCGCUCGCUCACAAGCCGUUCACCAUGCCCUCCUUUUCUCUAGCUCUCCUCCUAGGUGCACUCGCCCGCGCCGCCCCCACCCCGCGUUCCGCCCUCGUCGACACCUCCUCCCACUGCGGCCAGUACGAUACCGUCACCGCCAGCCCGUACACUCUCAACCUCGACCAGUGGGGCAUCUCGGGCGCGACUGGCUCCGACUGCGCCAACCUCAUCAGCCUCAGCGGGACCACCGUCGCUUGGGAGAGCGAGUGGUCCUGGUCCGGCGGCAGCGGCGUCAAAACCUUCACCAACAUCGAGCUCACCGACGGUAUCAACGUUCAGCUGAGCGAUAUCGGCUCUAUCGAGGUGCGUCCCGCGCCGCCGCGGUGUAUGACCCCACGCCCACUCGUCUGCGCGCAGUCUUCGUGGUCCUGGAGUCAGUCUGGCUCGGGAACCAUCGUCUCGGAUGUGGCCUACGAUCUCUUUACUUCCGCGACCUCUGGCGGCUCGUCGGAGAACUACUGGGAGAUCAUGGUCUGGCUCGCCAACUACAACUCUGGGCCCAUCUCCUACAACUACAGCUCGGCCGGUAACGCCGUGCCCAUCGAGUCCGGGCUCUCCAUCGCCGGGCACACUUGGGACCUGUACUACGGUUCAAACGGCUACAACUACGUCUACUCCUUCCUCCCGUCGAGCACCAUCGCCAGCUUCUCCGGCGAUGUCAACCUCUUCCUCAAGUACCUCACCUCUGAGCAGUCCCUCCCGAGCGACCAGUAUCUCACCACGUUCGAGGCAGGCUCGGAGGCUACUAGCGGCAGUGAUGUCACGUUCACGACGAGCGUGUACUCCGCUGUCAUCUCGUCCUGAGAGACAUUGCAUCGCAUGCGGAUAGCCGCAAUAGUAGCUACAGAAUGUUGCGUGGAUGCGCAUGGUAGGGACUACGGCUCCUCAAUGGGUAUUGCGUUGUGGUCUUUUGGCGCACUGUGAGCUCUAGGUAGGUGCCAGGACUAUCACGCGGCGUUCGCCGCUACGUCUGAGCUGUGGUC